AUGUUGCCCUUCCGGCAACGUCUUCGGCUUGCGAAGGGGGAUUACGAUUCUAAGAUAGACGACUUCUAUGUUCGCUCACGCACUCUCUUCCUCAACGGUGAGCUGACUGAUCGCGCAGCGCAUCGACUAAUAAGCGCAUUGUUGCGUAUGAACGAGCAGGAUCCCGUCAAGAAGGUUAAAUUUUACAUUAACUCUCCGGGGGGGUCGGUAUCAGCAGGAAUGGCCAUAUACGACAUGCUGCAGAGCCUGCAGAUGCCGGUUGAAACCAUAUGCGUAGGGCAGGCGGCGUCGAUGGGCGCAUUUCUGCUUGCAGGCGGCACCAAGGGGAUGCGUUGUGCGAUGCCGAACUCGCGCAUCAUGAUCCACCAACCCUUAGGCGGUGCCCAUGGUCAGGUGAGCGACAUAAAGAUUCAGGCCAACGAGAUACUGCAAAUUAGGCAGAUACUCAAUGCCCAUCUUUCGCAUUUUACAGGGAAACCCAUUGACCAAAUUGAGAUAGAUUGCGACCGAGACAACUACAUGAGGCCUGCAGAGGCACUCGAAUAUGGUCUCAUAGAUCAUAUCUGUAAGACAAGGACAUCGCAUAUUGAGGUGGGGCCCGCCGUUUGUAUCGACUGA